AUGCAUAUUUCUCAAACCCUUCCUCAUCUUAAGCAUCGUUCUAGAAACCCGUCUUAUAUACAAGAAAAUAUCAAAAGAAAACAGCGAGGACACCCAAUUCAGAAUGGUGAUGUUAGGGACCAAGUGAAGAAAGAUGGGCCAGAUAUAGAAAUGACAAAUCAUAUUGGGCCUAGGAGUGCUAAGAUCUGGCAGAAGGAGCCAGUGAAGGAACGUUGGUGGAUGCCGCCGAAGAAGAAAACAAUAGCAAACAUGGAGGCGAAGAUUGCAGAUCUGGAGCAAGAGUUAUCGUUGAUGAAGGUUGCUUUUUCUGACUCCAUCGCUGAGGUUCAACAAACGGCGAGGGAGAACCAAAGAGCGUUGAUGCAGAUGAUGGAGAAGGUCCUUGGCAAAAAGGUGGUUGAAGUUGUUGAUGGUGUUGAAGGAAAAUUGCGAUCAAAACGCAGCGGAAUAUAA